AUGUCACAGUACUUUGAAACUGUCCACAAGUGGAUGCCCAUUAUCAGUCGAGUUCGCUUAACCUCUUUAGCCGAUGUAGAGCUUAAUAGCCGCCCCAGAGCUGAUUUUGCUCUGUUACUCCUGGUCAUGAAACUCAUCCAACAUGUGCCGGGAAGCUCGUUCGACGCUGUUAGAGAUCCUUUGUACAUAUGCACCAAAGAAUUCGCAGCCUCUUUAGAUAUUGCGGGCGUAUAUACACUACUCAAACUUCAGGCUCAACUCCUCAUUGCUGUUUAUGAGAUGGGUCAUGGCAUUUUCCCGGCUGCCUAUGUUUCGAUAGGCUAUUGCGUUACCCAAGCCAUGGCCCUCGGCAUCCAUAAUCGAGAAGCACCCCAGAUAUUAGAACCGCCGCGUACUUGGAUUGACUGGGAAGAGAGACAAAGAAUCUGGUGGUUUAUUGUAAUACUUGAACGAUACGUCAAUUCUGUAGGAGAUAACAGGCCUCUUUUGUCCGCUGAUCCGCAGACUACAUCUCACUUACCUGUUGACGAUGACGCUUGGGACUCUGGCCAAGCAAUGUAUCCUGAACGGCUCAUUCUGUCCUCGUCGAAACAUCUCUCUGCAAGUCCAUUUGCCCGUCUCGCUCAAGCAUCCCACCUGCAGGGAGAAGUCAUUAAGCACUGUAACGACGAAACACAGAGUCUAUCACACGUGAAAAAUAGUGUAGAAGUGCUCAGCCAAGUGUUAUUGAGUUUCUUAGAAGUCAUCAGCAAAGACAGAGCUAGUAUGAUACAUUUUUAUAGCUCUGUCGGUGUUUGUUUAAGCGCAUUGAUGAAGCUUUGCGACUACCAUUCCUGCGACUCAUUCGCUAUCUAUAACGAUAGAUCCCUGAAUGUAUCGGAAUUAGCCCUCGCUCGCGAGAUAGCUCUAAUGUGCCAGAGCAUAAUGAAGGACUGCAUUGUAAAGGCAAUGUCUUUCUUAAAUGUCCUCAGGGAAAUGAUACAAGACCAAGAACCCACUGUAGACCUCGCCAGCUUGUCGCCUUGGUUCUUAGAUAGUCUAUACCAAUGUCUUGCUAAUAUUGUUUAUCUCAUGGCUACAUCUCCCGCCGUGGAAGCGUCGGGAUAUCCUUCCCAGGCAUCUCUAUGUCUCGAUCUUUUACAAAAAGCGAACCAAAGAUGGAAUAUUGCAGGAGCAUACCUCGAAACCAUUGACCUAAUAGAGAAAGAGUUGAAAUCGGGCAGAUACUAG